GCCUGCGUGAGAAAUCAGGCUUGAAACAUAUUUUACACAUGUCUUAGCUCUUAUAUCGUGUGGUUACCUUGUGCGAGCAUAUUAUUCCUCGAAUAUCGUGUUUACACGUUCCUCAACGAAGACUUGUAUCUUCGUAAUAAUUAUUGAAAUAAUCGGCGAAACGAUGACGGACAUAAGUAUGCAUCAGCAGCAUCCUGGUCUCGAUGUACUGUCGAGACCCGCUGAAGAGUUUGUCAAUGACCCCAGUGUCGAGAGAAUAUGGGCGAUGAAAGCUAUGGAGCAUGCUGAGGUUUAUUUCAAUAUCCUGUGUUCAGUUGAUCCAAAACUCUUACGGCUUACACCUCAUGACGACAUGAUCUACAAAACAUUCCGGGAAACCUUCCCUGACAUGAAGGUAGAUAAAAUAAACGAAGAGGAACUAAAAUCUCAUGAGCAGAAAGAGAAAUGGAGACCUUUCUGCCAGCAAUUUAAAGACAUUGUAGAAGACUAUAGUUUUGGUACAUUAAUGAGAGCAGAUUGUACUGGGGAAUACUCGGAGGAGAACAGCAUUCUUACGACCAGGAUACAGUUUUACGCUAUCGAACUCGCGCGAAACAAAGAGGGCCUCAAUGACAUCGUACGGAAAACAUACAAACCAAAAGAAAGUGUUAAGAAGUGAUCAAACAGCAUGCUAAAUUGGAACUAGUUAUGUUAGUACUGUUGAAAAUAUAUUCAAACACUCGCAAUUUUUCGGUAUAACUCUAUUUUACAAACAUAUACAAACAAGAUAUAUAUAUAUACAAUAUGUAACAAUUUUAUAAGAUAUUGUAGGCAGAUGGACUUGCGAUAAAAAAAUGUGCGCGCAGCAGUUACUGGUUGAAUUAAUUUUAUUAAUAAUAUAAUAAAGAUAAGGACAAAAACGAGAA